UUCCAUUACAUAUCCACUAGAGACGACCACAAUCUCUAUAAAAGUAAGCACAAUAAGAAAGACCAAAUGCAGCACCUUAAAACACUCCUGACCUGAUCUCAAAAACAAGAUUAGAAAAACCUCUCAAAAUGAUCAGCACCAACAUCCAAAUGCAUACUGUUAAAACGAUCAUCUCCACUGCUACCUCUGCCGCUGCGGCCGCUAUGCUGAUACGUAGCAUUGCUAGAGACUAUGUACCCAAUGAAUUUCAAUACUACAUUUCCUAUAAAAUCAGGGCUCUCUUUGCUUCUUUCUCCUCAGAGGUAACCAUAAUCAUCAGUGAAGUUGAUGGAAUGGUUAGAAACCAGCUCUUUUAUGCUGCAGACCUUUACUUGGGCACUAAACUAUCGCCUUUAACCAACAGAUUCCGAGCCACCUUGCCUAUCAAAGAGAUGAACAUCCACUUUUCCUUGGAUAAAAAUCAAGAAGUGAUUGACAUGUUCAACGGAGUCAAGCUCACUUGGAAAAAAGUGACUAAACAGGUGAAAACAAAGAGAGCCAACUAUGAGAUCCAAUACUACAACUUGAGCUUUCAUAAGAAGCACAAAGACAUGGUGUUCACCACCUACUUCAAGCACAUCCUAGAACAAGCACAGGUGGUCAGAAAACAGAAAAGAACCCCAAAGCUGCACACACUGGAUUCUGAUUUAAUGCGUAGGAGCCCGGGCACGGUUUGGCAAUCGGUAAGUCUAGAUCACCCGGCAAAUUUUGGUACUUUAGCCAUGGACAUGGAGAUGAAGAAGAUGAUAAUGGAGGAUUUGGACAGGUUCGUGAAGAGGAGAGACUUCUACAGGAAAGUUGGGAAGGCAUGGAAACGCGGCUACUUGCUGUUUGGACCUCCGGGUACAGGAAAGUCUAGCCUGAUCGCAGCCAUGGCUAAUUACCUGAAUUUUGAUAUAUAUGAUCUAGAGUUGACUGAUGUUAGGAGAAACUCUGAUCUUAGGAGACUACUGAUAGGAACAGCUAAUAGGUCAAUACUCGUGGUGGAAGAUAUUGACUGCUCUAUCGACUUACAGAAGACGAUGAAGGAGCGCCAGAAAAACUUUCAUGAUCCAUAUUUUCAACAAGGGAAUGAGGUGACCUUAUCAGGCUUGCUUAAUUUUAUGGACGGGUUAUGGUCAAGCUGUGGAGAUGAGAGGAUCAUUGUGUUCACGACUAAUCACAAAGACAGAUUGGACCCAGCACUCUUGCGACCAGGGCGGAUGGAUUUGCAUAUCCACAUGUCCUAUUGCACCCACUCUGCACUCAGAACACUCUCUACAAAUUACCUUGGCAUCACAGAGCAUCCACUUUUGACAGAAAUUGAACAACAGGUGCAGGAAAUAAAGGUCACUCCUGCAGAAGUAGCUGAACAGCUGAUGAAAAGUGAAGACUCAGAGGAGGCAUUGAGAAUGCUAAUGGAUUUCAUUACUGAGAAGAAGAAAAGUGAGGAUCUCAGAAGCACUCAACAGAAUGAGGUAGCAGAAGUGGGAAAUAAGGGGUUGGAAGAGGAGAUCAAGGAAAGUGUUCAAAUACUGAAUUAAGAAUCUCUCCUUACAACUGAAUUUAGUGAGGCAGACAUGGACGAUUUGUUUCGCAGGUUCAAAAUAAUGGUCAAGGAACGUAUGGCUCCAGAACAAAGUGAAUACUCAAAUAUUGUGGUCUCAGUGACUAAGAGAGAUUAAAGUCGGAGUUUCCUCAACCUCAGAACAACUAUUAUACACUUAUAUUUUUUUAUUUUUUUAGUUUUUAUAUCAACCGUGCACCGUACACCUGGAUGUACAAGGAUAUAGGUCACACUUUGAGAAUGAGGGUAAAGGGUAAGGAAUUUCCACCCUCAAAGAAUCUCUAAUGGGGAUUGAACCUCCAAUCUUAAUGUUGAAAGAUACAAUCUUUACCACUAGACCAAGCUUAGCUUGGUAUGUACAAGGA